GAACAUCCGAAGAAAUCCAGCAAAGACUUUUGGUCCUUGUGGCCUUGUUUUCUUCCAGUUCACAGAGCAUGUUCUGCAUUUCUCGCAAUCCACUCACCGAUCUACCCGAUACUCCAGUCGCACCGGCACGAACGAGAAGCUUACCAAUCCACAUUGCUCUUUAAUUGCUUCUAGCUCAGGGUUCUCCUCCUUACUACUCUCCAUAUACUCGGAUCCAUUUUUUUAGGUAUAUUCACAGACAGGAAUACCUUUAGACAGGAAUGGCUUACAGAGGUGUGACUGCCGAUUGGAUAGACUGAAUCUCUAUUUCAAUUGAUGCUGAGACGAAUUUUCGGGUGGUCGUCUCCUCUACCCAAGGCUGCCGUCACUAGACUAGGAGUCAUGCGUCUACGCAGCAGUGGACCUGUAGAAGGAGAUGACAUAUUAGUGCAGAAGGUCGUCGUGAAGAUCGAGGCGGCAUGUCUGCCAUCUCCACAGCGACAAGCACGUUGCGAGGACGAAGCGUUGGGCAUGAAACGCGAGAAGAAGGAUGAAACCCCACUGACCCCCAAGAAGAAAGCAAAGAAAGCCAAGAUCAAGAAGGAGCGAGUUCCUCGUAAGGAGCCCAAUGGCUGGAAGGAAAUUCUGCAUGGAAUCCAGCAGAUGCGCGCGAAGAAGGAUGCUGAGGUGGACAAAUACGGGUGUGAGGUGUUCUUCGACGAGAGCUUUCCACCUCAUGUAUGUCGCUUCCACGUGCUCAUCGCUGCCAUGAUGAGCAGCCAGACUAAAGACCCAGUCAACGCCGCAGCAAUGGGUCGCCUUAUUAAACAUGGGUUGACAGUGGAGUCGAUGCUUGAGAUCGAGCUACAGGAACUCGCACAGCUGAUCCGACCCGUGGGUUUCUUCAACCACAAGGCCAAGUACAUUAAGCAGACAGCAUCGAUCUUGACCAAGCAGGCUGAGGCGGAAGGCAAGGAAGUCGUUGAUAUUCCGAACACGUACGAAGGGCUAAUUGCGCUACCCGGAGUCGGUCCAAAGAUGGCGACGCUUGUGAUGAAUAGCGCAUGGCAGAAUACUGUUGGAAUUUGUGUGGAUACACAUGUGCAUCGCAUCUCAAAUCGCCUUAAAUGGGUCAAGACUUGGAACAAGAACAACCCCAAAUCGCAGAAUCCGGAGAAGACUCGAGCGGUACGGAUUUAAAUUGCUCGAUCGAUCAUGGACGUACCUGUAUUAUUCUAAUAAGGUAAUUGAAACACAGGAGCUUGAGGACUGGCUACCAAAGGAACACUGGGGGCCCAUCAACCCGCUGCUGGUUGGUUUCGGACAGACCAUUUGUCUUCCUCGAGGUCCAAAAUGCAGUGAAUGCAAAAUCCGAGGCAUUUGUCCGUCGGCAAACAGCUCUGCAAUAUAAGUCAAACGAUUACAUACUCGAAUGGUGUUGCAUUCAAUGCGUCCGCUAGCUUCUUGUAAAAGCCCAUACGCGACGACAGCUUAAACGUUAGUAGUGGAACCUCCUGAUACUGAUUUACAAAGUCAUGCUGAGGUCGCACUACUGUCUAAAGGAUAUUGAUACUACAUGCAGUACAUAAGCACACAUUCGAAAGCAAAGCAGCACGCUGUAAUUCACUACAUAAUACACCUAAUGGUACAUGGAUGUCGUG